AUGCAAAGCGAGAAGAGCACAACCGUUGCCAAUGAAUGGAUUCAUUACCUCUGCUGUACACAAGGGGCACAUAUGAUGGGCGCCUGGUGUGCAAAUCUCAGCACCCUCAAAUCAGAUAUACCAUAUCUGCGCUCGUUAUGCUUUGACCUGACCAACUGGCAACCUGACCAUGCAGGUUCACGGCUAGGUGGUUGGAGAUACUUGCAAUCACUGCUUCGGAAGACACGAGACUUGGACUCCUUCACGCUUAGAGGCAAGUGUCUUGACAGCGGCUUCUGGAGUUCACAGCCAGUACCCUGGAGCCUGGGAUUAUGGAUCUCUCCUGCCUUCGACAAAGACGAGUCGGCGCUGGUCGAUUUGGUGGGGCAGACAGUACGUAUGGCGGGCGAGAAAGAGGUCAGGCUUAUAGAAUGGCACACUAAGGAUGGUGUCACACUGCUGACAGUGCGUGUUGUUGAAGCGCGAAAUGCUUGUCCACUGACUAGUGGUGAGCUCCAACUCUCGCGAAAUGGGAGGAUGUCGUGGGAUUACUUCCUUGAAUUCCAGGAUGACCAAGUCGAGUUGACCAAAAGACGCAAGGCAUCGCUGCCUGCUAGUGGCACUGCAUGGAAUGGAGUACCCGCGGUUCAGGUGUAG